AUGGCCGCUACAAUCGAACCUUUGCCCGUUGAGGCGGAUGUCAUUGCAACUGCCGACGAUGGAGCGUCCAUUGACGAGAGAAUUACUUCAUACACCGCAUCCAUCGCAAGCAGUGUUGUAGAUUAUCCUGUUGAAUAUGGCCGACGAUUCCAUGCCUUCCGGCGAGGCACCUACAUGAUGCCCAAUGAUGAUCUUGAAAUAGGACGCCUUGACGUCGCCCACGCCAUGGUGGUCCGAGCCAUUGGGAACCGACUUUAUCUGGCGCCUCUUGAGAAGGAGAAAGUACACAAAAUUCUCGACGUCGGUACCGGAACCGGGAUCUUCGCUAAAACGCAGCAGAUUCUCGGAACUGACUUGAGCGCCAUUCAACCCUCAUGGGUACCUCCGAACGUCAAAUUUGAGAUUGAUGAUGUAGAGAGCCCGUGGAUUGAGGACAAGAAAUAUGACUACAUCUUCGUUCGGCACAUGCUUAUUUCCAUUGCGGAUUGGCCGAGAUUGGUGAAGAAUGUCUUUGAUCAUCUCAAACCCGGAGGCUGGGCAGAAUUCCAGGACAUGGAUGUCCAGUACUACUCGGAUGAUGGCACUUAUACUGAAGACCAUCAGACGCGAAAGUGGAAUAAGGAUCUUGUCCGUGCCUGCGAGAUGAUCGGCAGAACCGGUCGACCUGGACCACAGCUCAAGGGCUGGAUCACAGAUGCCGGAUUCCAGCAGGUCACCCACCAGAGGUUCAAGUGCCCAAUGGGCCCCUGGCCAAAAGACCCUCAUUAUAAGGAAGUGGGCAUGCUCAACUUGAUCCAGCUGCUGGAUGGACUGGAAGGUUUCUCCCUCAAACUCUGCUGUGAUGUCCUGGGGCAGUCGAGAGAGGAAGUUCUCGCCAGGCUAAAGAAGGUUCGGGAGGAGCUGAAGGACCCGUCCAUGCAUGCAAUCUUUGACCAUCAUGUGGUUUACGGCCAGAAGCCCGAGAAUAGUAACUGA